AUGUAAUUCAACUUUUACUUAUCUAAAUGCAUGACAGUCAAUGAGAAUGGGAUGACAAUAUUGAAUGGAAACCAGAAACGCAAUCCUCAGUUGGAUGAUGUUAUUACUGUAAUGGGUGAGGCUUCUGCAUUGGUAAUCAACAUCUAUUUAAAUUAGGCUUAAAAUUUGAAAUAAGUUAUUACGAGUCCAAUCAGAUUCUUUUAGACCGAUCAAAAGAUGUAUAUCAAAUCAGAAGGCAAAGUAAUUCUGUUAAAUAUUUGUCAGCUUUGUUUGGGAAUUCUAAAAAUAGGAAGAAAAAACUUAUUUCACAGAGAUUUAAAUGGAGUAAUUAAAGAAAUCUAACCAAUUUGUGUCCUCGACUUUUAUGUGCAUGAAUCAGUUCAAAGAAAAGGCAUUGGCAAAGAACUCUUUGAAGAAAUGCUAAGACAAGAAACUUUGAGACCAGAAAAAUUGGGAUAUGAUCGACCAUCUCCAAAAUUGUUGGGAUUCCUUAAGAAGUACUACAAUUUAUAAAGUUAUAUACCUCAAAAUAAUAAUUAUGUGAUCUACUCACAAUACUUUUUCGAUAACAAACCGACUAAUGCUUCUUAAUAAUAAUUUGCGCAACAAAAUCAUUAAUAAUCUUAAAACCCUUAAUUAGUUAACUAGUAAGUACAACAACAAAGAGUCUAACCAUAAUAAACCCCUUAGAAGAUGGAUUAAUUGGAUUAGAUGAUGCAGCAAAUGUCUUUGGAAUCGAAAUAACAAUAUUAAUCAUAUUAAAAAACCAAGGCCUAGCCACCUUGGGCAACAGACUAGAAAUAAUAUUAAAAUGUAAGUAUAGAAGGAUUAACUUUAGAUGUAUUAAACAACCACUGGAAUGAUGUCUGCUUAAAUUCAUAAACGAUGA